CGGCUCGGCGGGCGGCGGUGCGUGGCAGGCCCCGGCGCGGGGCUGCGCGGCCGCACCAUGUUCCUCGGGCUGGCGGUCGCGCUGCAGGUGCUGGCGCUGCUGGCCAGCCGGGGACACGGCUUCCCCAAACCCGCGGGCACAGAUAAAGCCAUACACAACCGACAAUUAAGUGUAGAAAGACCUUUGGAAGAACAGAUUGCUGAAGCUGAGGCAGACAAGAAUAGGAAAAUAACUCCCACAGAAAAUAAGCCAGAGUUCAGGAAUUAUUCCUUUGUUGAUGACCUGAACCUGCUCAAAUCAGUAGCAGAAAGAGAAAGGAAUGAGAAGGAGAGGGAGUCAAUUAGAAGCUCCUUAUAUGAACAGCAACUGGCCAUUGAUGAUGCAGACUCCACCAAGAACCGCAGGCUUGUGGAUGACUAUGACUCCACUAAAAGCGGGCUGGAUUAUAAAUUCCAAGACGAUCCAGAUGGCCUCCAUCAAUUAGAUGGCACUCCUUUGACUGCAGAAGACAUUGUUCAAAAAAUUGCUGCAAGAAUUUAUGAGGAAAAUGACAGAGGAGUGUUUGACAAGAUUGUUUCAAAACUUCUAAAUCUGGGGCUAAUCACAGAGAGUCAGGCCUAUACCCUGGAAGAUGAAGUAGCAGAGGUUUUACAACAGCUAAUUGCAAAUGAAGCAAAGGAUCGUGAGAAAGAGUCGGAGGAUUUUGAUUACCCUGCAAGCAGAGCAGACAGUGAUACAAAAGAAAAGCAACAGGAAAGAAUGACACCAAGCAAAUCUGAUCAGGAUAGUUUCAUUAAUGGAGAAGUUGAUGAUACACUGGAUAACACAUGGUCAUCAUCUAAUGUGUUGGAAAGAAGAAAUGAGCUGCCUUCUGAAGAUAAUUUUGAAGACCUCCAAUAUUUUCCAAAUUUUUAUGCAUUAUUAAAAAGUCUUAACUCAGAGACAGAGACAAAAGAGAAAGAGACCUUGAUAACUAUCAUGAAAACCCUAAUUGAUUUUGUGAAGAUGAUGGUUAAAUAUGGAACAAUCACACCAGAAGAAGGAGUUUCCUAUCUUGAAAACUUAGAUACAAUGAUAGCUGAGCAGACAAAGAAGAAGCUUGAGAACCCUUCCACUAAAACCAGGACAAAACUAACAGCAGACAAGAGUAGUGAAGAAGCAGACAGUACGAAGGAAGAAGCAGCUAAAAUGGAAAAGGAAUAUGAGGUUUCAAAGGAUUCUACAAAAAAUGAAGGACAAAAUGCAGCAGGAAACAGUGAAGAAUCUGGAGGGAAAUCUGAGGCAUAUUUGGAAGCAAUCAGGAAGAACAUAGAAUGGCUGAAAAAACACAAUAAACAAGAUUAUGAUCUUUCAAAGCUGAGAGAUUUCAUUGAUCAGCAAGCUGAUGCUUAUGUGGACAAGGGCAUCCUGGACAAGGAAGAGGCUGAUGUCAUUAAACGCAUCUAUGGCAGCCUGUAAAAAGCUAGUGGCUGCCAAACCUGUAGAAGUCUAGUCUAGUUUCCCCCAGUCCUGGCUCAAUGACUUCUGAUCUGUUAAUUUGAGGAUAUCAUUAGAAAUGCUCUGUUUACAUUGUACUGACAACUCUAGACAGAAAUGAAGAGCUGUAGUGCUCCAUUCACUUUCUGCAUACUGUAUUUUCCUACAUUCACAAAUCAACCCUAAACACCAAAUUCUGACACUGAAUUUCUAUUUGAUAAGGUAACUAUUUCUGUAAUGCUUUCUUUGAUUUAUUGUUUGUGUUUGGUUAAUUUUGUAGCAAAACCAAUCAUUUCUGAUGGAAAUUUUCUUUUUAUGCUAUAUUUUUUUGCUUUCAUUCAACAAGCUUUCUAUAGAUGCAACUAUGUAAAGGGCAUUAUUAGAAAAUAGUUCAUAGUUCUCAAAAUAAAAUAUUGAAAAUAACUUACCCAUUAAAGUUUUCAUUAAUCUUAAUAUUAUUUUCUAUUCAUUAAUUUUGGUUUUAAAUACUAACACCUUUUUUUAAAUCCUUUUUUAUUUCUUUAUGCAAUAUUCUGUAACUUGGACUGUUGUGUCCUUAGCUAACUGAUAAAUCUUUGACAUUACAAUCGCCUUCCAUAUUACAGAGCUGUAUUCUCUUCUUCAGCAUGUGUGAACAUUCUCUUUGCACCAUUUGAUGAUUGUGCAUGCAUAAUUAUUUGAAUUCCUGAUGUGAAUAUCCUGAUAACAAGUGUAAAUAGCAAUUGCUUUCUCUAAAGAAAAAAAAGAAAGUUAUUCAAGUCAUUAUGGAAAGGGAAGUUUACAGCUAGAGAUGUUUUUAGGAACAUGGGCCCUGCUUUUCAGAAAGACUUAAAGAAUCUAUUUCAUCUCAGUAUCUCUGAAUAUCAAGCCUGUAGUCUGAUUACUGACCCCUGUUCUGUGCUGAGCAGUAUUAUCUUUGGAGAACUUUUUUUUUUUUGGCCUAUAUAUGCUAGCAUUAGCUGAGAAUUUGGUACUUCCCAAAGAAUAAAAAAA